GUCUCCCCCCACGGACUUGGUAUGUUCCUGUCUCCUUGGAGACGCGUCCAUACUGAAGUGGCAGACAUGGCUGCCCUGGGGAAUGUACGGGAGCGCUUGGGAGAGCUCAGACUGGAACUUAUUUCAGCGCACAGAUUAGCGGAAGAUAACCGGGUGAAAGAAUAUAAUGCCGCUGUCUCUAUCCAAAGUUGGUUUAGAGGAUGCAAAGUCCGGGCUUACCUAAGGUACCUUCACAAAAUGGUGACCGUGAUCCAGAAAUGGUGGCGGGGAUAUGUAGCAAGAAAAUAUUUUAGAAGCAAAGUGAAGACAGCGUACUUUAUUAUGAAGAUGAAUUUCUACAAUGAAACGGCUGUCAGGAUCCAAAAGAGGUGGAGAGGCUACUUUGUCCGAAAGUAUGUACACAAUUACUAUGCUCUGAAGAGGUACCUAGAAGGAGUGACCAUCAAAAAUAAUAUUGUCAGGAAGGAACUUGAUAAAUACGCUGACAUUAAAUCAAGAGAACAAACAAAGAAAACCAUGGAAAAGGAAGAGCGAGAAAAGGAUUACCGUGCUAGAAAGACGCAUUACCUCCUGAGCACGGAACAGAUUCCUGGUGUAUACAAUUCGCCUUAUAGACCAUUCCCGGAUGCUAUGGAAAUUCGAUUACAAAAGGCAAGGCCAUUAAGUCAUAACGAUCGUCCAAAGAAAAUGGUUGAAAAUCAAAAUCUACUCUAUUCAGACUGCAGAGACACCAUUUCUUUUCCCAUCAUGCAGCCUCUACCGCCAAUUGGCAAGAAGAAACCACAGGGACCCUUCCGUGAUACGGCUGAAGUAUUGCAGCAACGCUACAAACCCCUGGAACCAACCUUGCGAGUGGCAACAUCAAUCAACUCAGUGGAAGAAGCCAGAGAAGAGCUCAAAAGACAGGAAUGGAGAAGGGGCAUCCACGAGAAAAGCUUUGCUACCUUUUCUUCGUUUCAUAAGACUGAAGUGUACGAGCCGCUGAUCCACACAUCUAGCGACUACACACAAUCUACAAGCAUCUCACUUGUCACUCGAAUGGACCAGCCAGAGAAAUGGAUAGCCAAGAAGGACUUUCACACAGUCUUCACACCUGUUCCCCUUUUUGAUAAAUGCGGAAGAAUGUACUCGAAAGCGGGCGGAAUAGUGUAACUCUGCUGCACCCAAGAUGCAACUGCGAAUUGAACCAAAAGUUUUAAUGUUUGAAUCUAAAAGCCAUUCCUCAAAAAAAUUAUUAUGGAAGGUUAUGGUACAUAUUAAUAAUAAAGAAAAAGAUUGAACUGAAA